AUGGAGGAAGUGCAACAGCAGCCCAUUCAAUCAGUUGGUGAAGAUGGUGAAAAGGAGAUGAUGUCUAAUGGCUCUUCUAUGACACAUGAAACUCAACAAGAUGAUGAACCAGAGAUUGUGAUGGAAGGAUCUUCAUUUGUGCAUGGAGGAGCUUCUGAAGAUGAUAAAGGUCCUCCAAAAGUUGAUUCUCAAGUGGAAAUCCUCCAUGAAAAAGUUACAAAGCAAAUCAUUAAGGAAGGACAUGGUGUCAAACCAUCAAAAUAUUCAACUUGCUUUUUGCACUACAAAGCAUGGUCUGAGAGUACCCAACACAAGUUUGAAGACACCUGGCAAGAGCUACAACUAGUUGAAUUGGUCUUAGGGAAAGAGAAAAAGGAAAUGACGGGUUUGGCCAUUGGUCUGAGCUCCAUGAAAUCGGGAGAGCGAGCUGUGUUACAUGUAGGUUGGGAAUUAGGGUAUGGUGAAGAAGGAAACUUUUCUUUUCCAAAUGUGCCACCUAAGGCAAAUAUCAUCUAUGAAGUUGAAUUAAUCGGUUUUGAUGAAACAAAAGAAGGAAAAGCUCGUAGUGAUAUGACAGUAGAAGAGAGAAUAAGUGCAGCCGAUAGAAGAAGAAUGGAUGGAAAUUCUUUGUUCAAAGAAGAAAAAUUAGAGGAGGCUAUGCAACAAUAUGAAAUGGCAAUCGCAUACAUGAAUGAUGAUUUCAUGUUUCAAUUAUAUGGAAAGUAUCAAGACAUGGCUUUAGCAGUUAAGAACCCUUGUCACCUUAACAUUGCAGCUUGUUUGAUAAAGCUCAAACGCUAUGAAGAAGCCAUUGCUCAAUGUGCUAUUGUACUUGUGGAGGAUCAAAAUAAUGUGAAAGCACUAUUUAGGCGAGGGAAAGCUCGGUCAGAACUCGGGCAGACGGAUGCUGCCCGAGAAGAUUUUUUGAAAGCGCGUAAAUUUGCCCCUGAAGAUAAAGCAAUAUUGAAGGAAUUGCGUGUGCUUGAUGAAGAUGAUAAGAUUGUUUAUCAGAAACAAAAGGAGCUUUAUAAAGGCUUGUUUGGACCUAGACCCCAACCUAAAGACACCAAGAGAGUUACUAACUGGUUGGUUUUGGUUUGGCAAUGGCUGGUUUUGUUGUUUUAUCGGCUUUUUGGGGGUAAAAUGGUCAAAACUGAAUGAUUUUGAGGAGUGAGAAUGUUGAGAUGUUAGGUUGAAAUUUGUAAGGUUUUAAUGUGGUUGGUUUAAUUGAAUGCAAAAACUACUAGAACUUGUAUAUGAACUUGUUGCUGUUGUAACAUUAUAUACAUUAUGUAUUCAAGGAAUUUACAUGUGGGGUUGG